AUGCCGCCACGCGUUCCCCUCUUCUCGAGCCUGAGGGCUUUGAAUGGACAUGGCUGUACAGCAUUUCCGUCAGUGCAAAUCUGUCGAACUUUCGCCUCGACAUCCGUAGACCAGGCUUCGACUGUUCAGCAAAGGAGACAACACCGCGACCCAUAUGCUCUGGCACAAGCACGCGCCCGCAAGGCCGCCAACAUCUCACGCCAGGAAGUCCUCGAGCAGGAGCGCUCAGCAGCACUUGGUGACCCCGUCCGCGGAAUACCUACUCCCUUUGUCCAGUCGUUCGAGACGGUCAUCCCGCCCACUGCCACGCCUUCUUCUACUUCCGACCUUCACACUGCCACACGCAAUGAGUCUGGCUCACCGAAUCAAUCUCCUCCCGGUCCGAACGCCGAGUUGGAAGACUACAAGAACUUCUACCUCACACAAAAAGAAAUCGCAGAGGCUUCCGUGCGCAGUGAACAGUUGACUGCUGCCGUCGCCGAACAAGACUUUUCCGAGACAGACGACCCGGAGGUGAAACGAAGCAGAGAACAGGAACGCCAGCAGAACGAUCAAGAGCGCAAACAGAAGCACGCGACAGCCACCGAAGCCCUCAACCGUAUUGUGUCAUUGGCCAAUGGCUCAUCCAAAGACCGUCUUCGUGUCAAUAUCCAGCGCUGUGUUGAUGCUUUCGGUCGCCACCAGACCGACAAGAAGCUGCCACCCAAGCCCCCGGUCGCCGAGUCCAUCUUGCUCAAGAACCCUAGUGCCAACACACAGAAAGUGGAGCGUGCUGGCCCCGAUACUGGCAGUAGUGAGGUCCAGAUUGCCAUCUUGACAGCCAAGAUCAAGACACUAGCCGAUUUUCUCGAGACCAGAGGCAAGCCAGACAAGAUCAACAAGCGCAACUUGACCAUUCUGGUUCACAAGAGACAGAAGCUGCUUCAAUAUCUUAGGCGAAAGGAGAGAGGUGGCCCAAGGUGGCAGCAUCUUAUCGAGACUCUUGGUCUGACCGAGGGAACCUGGAAGGGCGAGAUCAGCCUGCGAUGA